CACAUGUAUCAUCCCAACUCAUAAACACCACCUCUCUCAUUCUCUCUCUAUAUAUAAACGCGGCGUAGACAUACAUUCAUUUGCACCAUCAUCCUUACGCACUCGCGCACGUUCAUAACUAACUUCCACCUCUUCUCCCCCCAGUUCUUCAUACUCCAUAUACUAAUUUGAAGCCUGUCACGGUUCAAUCCUUGUUUUCCCGAUAGAACUAUCAGUGAUUUGAAGAUGAUUGGGGAAUUCGUCACCAGUUGCUUAAUAUUGGUACUAGGAUAUGCAUAUCCUGCUUUUCAAUGUUUCAAGACUGUAGAGAAAAACAGAGUUGAGAUUCCGGAACUGCGCUUUUGGUGUCAAUAUUGGAUACUUGUUGCGAUUAUCACAAUUCUUGAGAGGAUUGGGGAUGUAUUUAUUUCAUGGUUGCCAAUGUAUGGAGAGAUGAAAUUGGCGCUCUUCAUAUACCUCUGGUAUCCCAAAACUAAUGGAUCAGGAUACAUAUAUGAUAGAUUGCUACGACCAUAUGUGUCAAGGCACGAAACAGAUAUCGAUAGAAGUUUAAUCGAAUUUAGAGAGAGAGCAUGGAACUUAGCAAUAUACUAUUGGCACAACUGCACAGAACUUGGCUCCACCAAGAUCCUCCAAUUCCUUCAAUUUGUGUCUUCACGGAGUACUCAGAAUCCCGGGAACCAACAACAACGGGUCAACACAACUCCCGAGCCCAGCGCGCCACGUGUGGGUUUCAUGAAUAGUCAGCCGCCAUCCCAUUUUAGCCAAGCGCCAAGGUCGGAGAAUGGGACACAUUUGGUUAGGCCUGAGGAUGUGAUUGUUUGUGAUUCAAACUGUGUUGGUGCAUUUAACUCCAACGAGAAAUUGGGUUUGGAGAAAGAUGUUUCGACGGCUAAGCACAGACUUAGGCGCUUCAUAGAUGGCAACUAGUCAAAUGAUGUUUUAAAAAUUUGUUCAUUCUUUUUAAGAUUUAGAUAUUGUAAAUAUUCGAGAUUGCAUUGCCAGACCAGUUAGUAGAAUUCAGUCAUGCGAGUCAGUACCCAAUUCCUAAUGUACCUAUUGCCUAGUUACGAAUCAAGUACCCAAUUUUCAAUGUA